GAACCGGAACUUAUGGUUCAGUUAAAGAGGCUACCAAAACAACUACGGGCCAACGAUGUGCAAUUAAAGUAAUUGAUAAAAAAAAAGUACGGAAUCAAGAAUCAAUGGUUGAAAAAGAAAUGAAUAUAUUAAGCGGAUUGAAUCACCCGAAUAUAGUUCAAUUUUACGAUUGGUUUGAAUCAAGAGACAAAUAUUAUUUGCGCGGUAAAUUCACCGAAGUUGAUGCGGUUGAGGUUAUCAGGACUGUACUUGAUGCAGUUAAAUAUCUUCAUGAACACCAUAUUGUGCACAGAGAUCCUGAACAACGUCCAUCAGCGAAAGAAGCCUUAAAUCAUAAAUGGAUGAGUGGAGAAAAUGCAAUGGAUGUGGAUUUAUUGGCCAAUUUUGAUGCUCUUAAAACCUUUCGCAAGGCUGUUGGUGCUGUACAAGCUGCGGCUCGGAUUCGACGUGAUACUGAUAUAACCAAAAAGUUUAAAGAUAUGUCGGAUGAUGAAUCUGAAUCAAAUCCUAAUGACAAAAAUGAACUAAUCCAACAUAAUACAGUCGUUGAACAUAGCGACAGUUUUAGUGACCUUUCUAAUAAUCCAAAUCAUACGUUUGUUUAA